CUAUUAUUUUAACAUAGUCCCACUACUGCUUAGCUUUAAUCGUAUUUUCAAGGCUGAAUUCCGAUACUCAUCGCCAAUACUAAAAAUCUAUAGUACACGCGAAUUAUACAGUUCAGUAUUGGCAAUGAACAUCGGAACAUAGCCCAACUUGCUGACCGACAUAUAUUCACGCAGAAGAGUGGGUCCUCGUUACUGCGAGAUAAUUUUAAAUACUGAUCCGAUGGAUUUUUCGCUAUUUUCCUAGUUGUGAGUCCGAAUAAUACAGAAGUGUCCUAAGCAGUCAAUUAACCAGACAAUAAUGUAUCAAGAUCGUAGAGGGAAAAAGAGGAAGUUUCAUAACCUCAAAGAGUCGGUUUGAUCUCCGAAACUGCAGUUUCAUGAAUGCGUUGUUCAGCGCACUCGUGUUUGGUCUGAAGGAAAAUAAGCCGCUGUCGCUGUCGUUUUGGUCGCGUUUGAAACUUAACCUAACCUAAUUUGUGGAAAGACGAUCGGCGGCAGGUUGGCGGGAGGUUGAUCGCGCCACGGAUGAUCGCGAGAAUUGGCGCGCAUGGUCCGCGCGAGUAAAACGUCGUGUCGUCCACCGACCCGGUAUCACUCCGGAACGUCGCACGCGGCGAGUCGGCACUCUCUCGCCGCGUUGUACAAGUCUGCGGGGCGCCAUCUUGGAAAAUUUCGCAUUUCGAAUAACAAAGUCAAAUGUCGAUAGUCGCAAAGUGCCGCGCGCGCGUGCCGAUUUUUACAAACGUCGUGUUAUUCGUAUAGAGAUAAUCAUCGCGUAGAGUGACCGUCCAGCGAGGAACGCACGGUGCUUCUUCGCGUUCUAUGUAAUUUUCUCGUGACAAACAAAACAAAGGUAACAUUGCACGAGAUUCGAACGAGAGCAGCGUGACACAUACACACGUGCAUAUGUGUGUGCAUGCACAUAGGCGCUCAUCUAUGUACAUAUAAAUACAUAGUAGAAAGAAACGAAGUGAGACGAGGAUAGUAUAAGGGAACCGACCGGCACGACGUGCGAGAGAGAGAAAGAGGGGAGAGAGGGUCGGCGAAGGUGUAACGACACGACGCGACGUCCGCGCGUAUUUUCAAGUCGCAAGUUUCGAAAUAACGUCGGCAAAACGGCAGCGGGAAAAAAGUCAUCGAAGAAGAUGGCGGAGAACGAGGAACUGGAGAAUAUGAUAUUGAGUUUUCGAGUGUCUGAGCUUCAGAUGCUUCUUGGUUUUGCUGGUAGAAAUAAGUCUGGUAGAAAGAACGAGCUACAAGCACGUGCACUGGAGCUGUUGCAUUUGAGAUCACAUCCAGCUAUACGACUAAAAAUACGUGAACUUUAUAAGACAAUACAACAAGAUCAAAUGGCAGCGCAUCAAAUGUAUGGUCAGACUGGUAGUUCUACUGAGCAGCAAAUAGAUCAAACAAUGCACAACAGAAAUUAUUACUCCACAAGGCAAGCAAUGAGUCAACAACAGCAAUCUCAGGCAUCUGUUUCUGCUGGCAAAGAACUGACUCCGGCUCAUCAAGCUUCUAUACCUCAGGCACCUAGGACCAAUCCAGUAUAUGCAACUGGUUAUACUAAUGUAACAGCACAACGUGCACCUAGUACAGGAUAUGCAUAUACACCAUAUCAGCCCAAAGUUUUACCAUCGCCCUUACAAAUGCAACCUGCUACUCAAUAUCCAGUUCAUCCAGACGUCAGAUUGAAGAAACUUCCAUUUUUCGAUUUAUUAGGGGAAUUGUUGAAGCCUUCUAGUUUAAUGCCGCAGGGGACUCCGAGGCUGCAAGAGAAUACUUUUAUGUUUCACUUGACCCCACAACAAGCGACAGAUAUUGCCAGCUCGCGCGACUGUAGAGCCGGUAGCAAAAUGGAUUACAUUGUACAGGUACAAAUGCGAUUCUGUUUGCAAGAAACGUCGUGUGAGCAAGAGGACUAUUUCCCUCCAAAUAUUACAGUAAAGGUCAAUGGAAAAUUAUGUCCUUUACCUAAUCCUAUACCUACUAAUAAACCAGGUGUAGAACCGAAGAGACCACCGCGACCUGUAAAUAUCAGUCCUUUAGUGAAGCUGUCUCCUACUGUCGGCAACGAAAUACGUGUCUCAUGGUCGGCUGAUUAUGGCAGGCGAUUUGCAGUGGCAAUAUACCUCGUCCGAAAGUUAUCCAGCGCGGAAUUACUUAGUAGAUUAAAAAAUAGGGGUGCCAGGCAUUCCGAUUAUACUAGGGGUUUAAUUAAGGAAAAACUGAAUGAGGAUGCGGAUAGCGAAAUCGCUACCACGUCACUGAGAGUAUCGUUAGCUUGUCCUUUGGGAAAGAUGAGGAUGUGCACACCAUGUCGCGCAUCGACGUGCUCUCAUCUUCAAUGUUUCGACGCUUCAUUGUUCCUUCAAAUGAAUGAGCGUAAGCCCACUUGGAACUGUCCAGUAUGCGAUAAGCCAGCGCUAUACGACAAUCUCGUGAUUGAUGGAUAUUUCCAAGAAGUCCUAAAUUCGAAUAAGUUAUUGCCAGACGUGAACGAGAUUCAAUUGCUGCAGGACGGCUCGUGGGAGAAUUUAGUGCUGAAGAAGGAAAAGGAUAAAGAUAAAGAGAAAAACGAAGCGAAAGCCGCGGCCGAUUCGCGGGACGAUAAGAUUGAUGUAGAUACAGUGGAUUUAGAUGAAGCUAAUCCCACUACACCUGCACCAAAGGAGAAGAAACGCGCAGUCGUGAUCGACUUGAUAUCGGAUAGCGAAGAUGACGACGAGGAUACCACACCGACUCAAAGUACAAAGAAACAAACCACUAGUAACAUUUCCUCGCCAAAGAAAUCGCAGACCAGUUCCAUCAGUAGUACAAGCGAAUCGCCCGAAUUGAUGAUCAUUGAUUUAGAAUAAAGGAUUGUGUGAUAUACCAAUCAUGAUACGAACUUUUUACCGAAAUUCAUCACUUUGUGAACACAGAGUGACGAUGCUUCCGUUUCUCCUGUUGAAACUUAGAAGCGCAAACUUACCAUUUGGCAUGAGAACGCGCCAAUAUCGAUUGAUCUUCGUAGUUCCCUCUCGAGGAAAUCAGAUAUGAGUAAGAAGACUUCCGUUUCUUUUAUAACUCUCUUUACUCACUGCAUUGCAUUCCGAGAUUAUAAAUACAGCUCAUGCUUCAUCGACUUCACUUGGUGAACUGAAUUUAGUGCUAAAAAAUCAAGAUCCGAUCUGACUGAGAUAAGCAAGUAUUUUAAUACAAUUUUCACUAUUUUAAGAGAGAUUGGUCCAUAUGUAACGUAAAUGAAAAUAAAGUUACCUCCAUCUUUUGUA